CACAAGCAUCUCCCGUUAGGGUUCCUCACUCCCGACCGGCGCCGCCACCUGCCCCCAUCUCCGGCCGCCACCGGAGUCCCUUCCCUCCUGCCUGAGCCGCCCCCUCCCGCUUCCGAACGCACGGGCGCUACCGACGCCCACGUCCUGCUUGGCCACCGACUGCCCGAGCCGAAGCUCCGACCGCCGCCGCCGCCGCCGCUUGCGAUGGAGGCGCUCCGGGAGGCGACGGCCGAGCUAACGGUGUACGUGCACCCGUCCAACGCCGCCGACGUCCGCCGCGCCGUUGCCCGCCAGCUCAGCACCCUCCUAUUCUCGUACGAAGGUCGCUUUGAUGGCGUGUUGCUAUCACAUGAAGUUGAAUUCGAAGGUGACAACGAAGAUGACCAAGACAGAGAAGUUGACAAAGACGGGAAAAAAGUUAUCAAAGCCAAAAUCCUUGAUGGUUUGGUACCAUAUUUUGGCGUGCCGGUGACUGCAAACCUGCUGCUGUUUUCUCCCCAGCCAGAGAUGAUACUGGAAGGGAAGGUUGAAAUGCUUGGCAAGGAAUCAAUUCAUGCCAUUGUCCUGGGGGUUUUCUCAGCAGCCAUUAUGUCAGAUGAUAUCCCUGAGACGUUCAAAUUCAAAAGAAGAGGACAUGGAGGAAAAUUUAUAAGCCAGUUGGACAAGCAGCAUGUGAUUAAAAAAGGAAGCAUGAUACGGUUUUCUGUUAAAAGGGUGGACACGGAAAUGAAUUGUCACAUAACUGGAUCUUUGAUGCCGCCUCACACAGGAUGCAUGCGUUGGCUAUCAGUACAUGAUGCUGAAUACGCAUCAGAAAUUAGCAGCGGUAAAAGGAAAUCAAGGGAUCACACCAAGACCGAGCACAAUGUACAAGGCCGCGCAACUGUGAACAGCGAAGAUAGCGUGGUGAAUUCUGAACGACCACGCAAGUCCAAAAAGCGGAGUGUUGAGGAAUAAUGAUGCCACUAAAGUAAAAAAAAAGUCAUGGACUCGGCCUUGCAAUCUUGCUGACUUGUUCUGGAAACAUGGUUUUGCUUGGCUCGGAAGCUGCUUCCCAGUUGCUUAGUGCCAGUAAUUUUUUGCGUAGCAUCAAUUGUAUGAUGAUGAUGUAAAAUAGGACGGUUAGUGAGCGCAUGGUACGUUUAUCUGGUGUUUUCUGAUCUUCCAGAGGCGACCUUGUUUAUGGGCAAAUUGACAUGUUUCAAAUUUGUUUUAGCUCCCAGCA